AUGCACGUCGCUUUCUCCCUUGCCUCCAUCCAUCCCGCCUUCUCUUUCCGCGACGUGUCUGCAACGCGCUUUUCAGUGACUCUAAGAGCUAACGCUAAUACUCAACUUUUUUCAAUCAAGCCAAUGUCCUGCGGUGACGCAAAGCUAAACCACCCGGCGCCCCACUUCAAUGAGACGGCGCUGAUGCCCAACGGCACCUUCAAGAAGGUGGACCUCGCCUCCUACAAGGGAAAGUGGUUGGUCUUCUUCUUCUACCCGAUGGACUUCACCUUUGUCUGCCCCACGGAGAUCUGCCAGUUCUCCGACCGCGUCAAGGAGUUCAACGACAUUGGCUGCGAGGUGCUUGCCUGCUCCAUGGACAGCGAGUACUCCCACCUGGCCUGGACAAACCUGGAACGCAAGCAGGGUGGGCUCGGCAAGAUGAGCAUCCCCAUUCUUGCCGACAAGACCAAGUCCGUCAUGAAGGCGUACGGCGUGCUAAAGGAGGAGGACGGUGUGGCGUACCGCGGCCUCUUCAUCAUUGACCCGAAGCAGAACCUGCGGCAGAUCACCGUCAACGACCUCCCUGUUGGGCGCGACGUGGACGAGGCCCUCCGCCUCGUGAAGGCGUUCCAGUUCGUGGAGCAGCACGGCGAGGUGUGCCCCGCCAACUGGAGGCCUGGCGGCAAGACGAUGAAGCCGGACCCCGCCAAGUCCAAGGAGUACUUCAAUGCCGCAGCUUAG